AUGUCUCAUCCUCUUCGUCGACGCGAUACCAAACCCAAACAGCACCCCCGCGACAUCCGAAUGAGCAAUCACGACGCUGACGUCGAUACUGAAGGGCUGCCCAAUUCUCAGGAGGCGAAAAUCCCCAAAGAGCUACUCAAGCCGCCAGGCCUCCUAUUCGUAGAGCGCGAGUGGCCGAAGGAGGGCGAUCUUCAACUCCAAGACGGCCUUGAUAUUGCAUGCCGCUACUGCAAAACUGAGUCGCACGCCACAAACGUUGAAUUCACCAAGUCGGAGUUCGCAGACCGACGCUACGACACUACCGACCUCCUCUGGAAACAUGUCGCCGAGUGGCACAUUGACUGCUGGAACGGACCGCACCGAGAAGUCGAUCUCAAGCCGCUGAUUUUGUGCAGGGACGGCGUUACUGAGCGUCAGCCAGAACCAGAAGGACUCGCGGUACCGACUCUGCAGAAGGAGGCGGCGAAGCGUGCGGGUUGGAAGCCGAACUUCCCUACCAACGUCCCGAUUGUACGAGAGCUGCCGCAGUUCUAUGACGAGGUGCGCGCGGAACCAUCUAGGCAGUUCUAUCUCUACGAUGAGCUUCCGCGGCAACAGUUGAAGGCCGCGGCAAGCAAAGCUGACAAUAGCAAACCGAACGAGUACAGCCAGAGGGGCCUGCGAGAGUUUGAGGAAUCACCGCUGUACAGCGACCGCGAUGUGUACAGCCCUGGCAUGGUUGCCUUUGUCGAGUAUCAGAAUGGCACACGCGAGACGAUCAGCUAUGGCGACUAUCUUCGCUGGAAGGCUCAUGCUCCCAUCGCUCUGCGUUAUAUCGGCGACCGCGAGAGUUCAGUGAAGCAGGAAUUCCGAGAUCUCGUACUGAGCCACCAGAUGGUGCUCGUGCAAACGUUCAAGUUCGAGCACGGAAUGAAGGACUGGGUGAUAGUCAAGGAAGAGUGGAUGGAGUACGGGACGUACCGAGCAAAGAAGGAUAAGUUCAGCCAAUGGAAGGCAGUUAUCAAGGAAAUCAAGGAUGGACUUGGUUUCCGGAACGCGGCGUUUGAGGAGGUCAUCAAGGAGAGCCAGAAGGAGGCUGAGGGCUGGUGGAAGUAUGGUGUUGCUUUGAACACCGAGGUUGUUUGGCAGCGAGGAAGGUAG